CUUAAUCUUCAUUAUCCUCCAUUCCCAACCCACCAUUUCUCAAUUCUCCCUCUGCUCUGCUCUGUUCUGCUCCCAUGGCGAUGGCCGCUCAAGCAACCCUCUUCACCCCAUCUCUCACAACCCCCAAAUCCACCGCCACCGCCGUCUCCUGGAAGCAAUCCCCAACUCUCUCCUUCCUCAACGCCAAGCCCCUCAACCUCGCCUCCUCUUCCCGACUCGUCAAAGUCUCCGCCGAGGCCGAGGCCGCAGCUGCAGAAGCUCCAGCCGGAUUCUCCCCGCCAGAGCUCGACCCAAGCACCCCUUCCCCAAUCUUCGCCGGCAGCACCGGGGGGCUGCUCCGGAAGGCCCAGGUCGAGGAAUUCUACGUCAUCACAUGGGAAUCCCCCAAGGAGCAAAUCUUCGAAAUGCCGACAGGCGGCGCCGCCAUCAUGAGACAAGGCCCAAAUCUGCUGAAAUUGGCUAGGAAAGAGCAGUGCUUGGCGCUGGGGACGAGGCUGAGAUCCAAGUACAAGAUUAAGUACCAAUUUUACAGGGUUUUUCCCAACGGAGAAGUACAGUAUUUGCAUCCCAAAGACGGUGUCUAUCCAGAGAAGGUGAAUCCAGGCAGGGAAGGAGUGGGGCAGAACUUCAGGUCCAUUGGGAAGAAUGUGAGCCCCAUUGAGGUCAAGUUCACCGGAAAACAAGUGUAUGAUUUGUGAACAAAAUUUCCCAUUUCUAAUGUUCUUAUAUCAUAUGAAUUAUCUUAUCAAUCCUUGUUAUUCUCUCUGUCUUGUGGCUGCUCUGUUUUGUUUAGCAAAUUCCGAUGUAUGUUAGAUUGUAAAUUUGUCGCAUGUUUUUGUUUGUUUUGGUUGAUAUAUGCUUAUGAUCAAUCAUUUCUACA